CGGCUUAUUUGGAGCAGCAGCCUUCAAUCCUUUCAGAACAAUCCGCUGUCCUUCUCUGUAUUUGCCAGGCUCUCUCUGUGUUACUACCAGAUUCAAGCCUGCAGGGGGGCUUUUGUACGCCUUGCGAGCUUCUGGGUAGUUCCAUUUGUGAGGUUUUUGUGUUGUAUCUGGAGAUUGUUCGUCUCGGCUCCUCGCCAUGGCUGCCAUGGCUGCAACUACUGCUGUGGGCCAAGCUGUGGCCCUCAGGAAGGCGGAGAGCUCGAAAGCUUCCCCUUUGUUGCGCGAGGGUGAUGCGAGCGCUUUCUUUGGAACUCACAACCUGAAUUUGUUGAAAGGACAAGGGGUGUCACGGUUGCGCUGCAACACGAAGAGCAGAAUUGUGACGUCCGCGGUUCCCGACCAAGCUGGGGAGUAUCCCGCUGAGAAGCCACCGACUCCUCUUUUGGAUACCAUCAACUAUCCCAUUCACAUGAAGAACCUCACCGUGCGAGAGCUGAAGCAACUCGCUGAUGAAGUACGAGCAGAGACUAUCCACACAGUGUCGAAGACUGGGGGGCAUUUGGGAUCCAGCUUGGGCGUGGUGGAGCUUACUGUGGCUCUUCAUCAUGUCUUUAAUUGCCCAGAAGAUAAGUUUUUGUGGGAUGUGGGUCAUCAGGCUUACCCGCACAAAAUCUUGACCGGGAGAAGAGAUAGGAUGCAUACAUUGAGGCAAACCGACGGGCUUUCAGGUUUUGUGAAAAGGGCAGAGAGUGAGUAUGAUGCGUUUGGAGCUGGUCACAGUUCUACCAGUAUCUCUGCUGGUCUAGGAAUGGCUGUUGGACGAGACUUAAAGGGCAAGAAGAAUAACGUCAUUGCCGUAAUCGGUGAUGGAGCAAUGACAGCCGGGCAGGCUUACGAGGCUAUGAACAAUGCUGGUUAUCUCGACUGCAACAUGAUUGUCAUCCUCAACGACAACAAACAAGUAUCUCUGCCUACAGCUACUCUUGAUGGCCCUGCCCCUCCCGUUGGUGCUUUAAGUAGUGCACUCAGCCGGCUUCAGUCAAGCAGGCCACUUCGUGAGCUCCGUGAGGUUGCCAAGGGUGUCACAAAGCAACUUGGAGGUCCAGCACAUGUACUGGCUUCUAAGGUGGAUGAGUACGCUCGAGGUAUGAUCAGUGGGUCUGGGUCCACUCUCUUCGAGGAGCUUGGACUCUAUUAUAUUGGCCCUGUUGAUGGCCAUAACAUGGACGAUUUGGUGACUAUUCUGCGAGAGGUAAAAAAUACGUCUACAACUGGACCUGUGCUCAUUCACCUUGUGACUGAGAAAGGGCGAGGUUAUCCUUAUGCUGAAAGAGCAGCUGACAAGUACCACGGCGUUGUCAAGUUCGACCCCGCAACCGGAAAGCAGAAUAAAGUGAAAGCUGCAACGCAAGCCUACACCACUUAUUUUGCUGAGGCCUUGAUUGCUGAGGCAGAGGUUGACAAGGAUAUUAUCGGAAUUCAUGCAGCUAUGGGAGGGGGAACGGGCAUGAACAUGUUUGCAAAGCGCUUUCCAGAAAGAUGCUUCGACGUUGGAAUUGCUGAACAACAUGCUGUGACUUUUGCUGCGGGACUUGCUUGUGAAGGACUGAAGCCUUUUUGUAGUAUCUAUUCCUCCUUCCUUCAAAGAGGAUAUGACCAGGUUGUACACGAUGUAGAUCUGCAGAAAUUGCCAGUCCGAUUUGCAAUGGAUCGUGCUGGUCUUGUUGGAGCUGAUGGGCCAACUCACUGUGGAGCGUUCGAUGUAACCUACAUGGCUUGUCUACCUAAUAUGGUAGUCAUGGCUCCUGCUGACGAAGCGGAACUUUUCCACAUGGUGGCCACUGCUGCUCAAAUUGAUGAUCGACCUAGUUGUUUCAGGUAUCCAAGGGGUAACGGAAUCGGUGCCCAGUUGCCUGAGAAUAACAAGGGGAUCCCCGUCGAGAUUGGUAAAGGAAGAAUUCUAUUAGAAGGUACGGAAGUGGCACUUUUGGGUUAUGGCACCAUGGUCCAGAAUUGUCUGGCUGCUCGCGCAUUACUUGCCGACUUGGGUGUUGCGGCGACUGUUGCUGAUGCUAGGUUCUGCAAGCCCCUUGACCGAGAUCUUAUUCGUCAACUUGCGAAGAACCACCAAGUGAUUAUAACCGUGGAGGAGGGUUCUAUUGGAGGUUUCGGUUCUCAUGUUGCCCAAUUCAUGGCUUUGGAUGGGCUUCUGGAUGGCAAGCUGAAGUGGAGACCACUUGUGCUUCCUGAUCGCUACAUCGAGCAUGGGGCCCCCAAGGAUCAGUACGCUGAAGCGGGUUUAACUGCUGGUCAUAUUGCAGCUACUGCGCUGAAUGUUCUCGGGAAAACUAGAGAAGCGCUGCAAGUUAUGACUUAAGAUCUUAAUUUCAGAUUUGUUAAAUGUGUUGUGGAUCAUGACCCAGUCGAGUAUAGUUCUUCCAUGUACCAAUGCGUUGUUCAGGUUGUGUGUCCUGUCACAGUUUCUCAGCAUGCCAUUUAAUUAGCAUAUUCUAAUCAACUACUCAUUGCCUUCAGCUCAAAUGGCACCUUGGGACCUCCACCAUUUUGCAGAGUGUAGGUAAACUUUUGGAUAGGCUUUAAAUGAAAUCUGAAAGGUUAGGAAUAGGUGCUGCUGCUCUGAAAUCGGAGCAGUCGGAUGUUCUGUGGGGAGUUAGAGGCCUGUUCCGUUAGGGAGGAUAAUUUUCCCUUCAGUACGGUGCAUCGAACUUAGACAUGGCAAAUUUUGUACCCUACACACUCUUGUAAAUUAUUCGUGGUGAUCACCUCAUUAAUAAGUGAAAUGGGACCGAACUUGACCCUUCACUUUUUCAA